AGGAAGGAAAAAAAAUGAAAAACGUUUUCUCCCCAUUCCCUGAAAUCUUGUAAAAGUUUCGAUCUAAAGCCAGUUUUAGGCGCGCGCGAGAACUGGGUGUAAUGGAGAAGAAAGGGGGAGGUCCGAGUACUGAGGUCGCCGAUCUCGAUCGUCUUCCAUUCAAGCUUCUUCUAUCGUGUCCCUCUGGUCUCUCUCCAUCUCAGGUGUCGGUGGUUUUUGAUGAAGCUUACGAUAGAAAACUCCAUCCGGACGUUAAUUUGGAGAACUCCGUUUCUGAGAUUUGGGAGCGGAGGAUUAAACAAAACUCAUCACUGUUCAAUGGGACAAAAUUCAGAUAUGGAGGACACAUCAUGCGUGGUGGGGGUGAUUCCAAUGAAGAGCCCCAUGUAUGCCUCCACCUUGGUUUGACAGAUUAUAGGACUUUCAUGGGGACAAACUUAAAUCCUUUGUGGGAAGAAUUUCUUGUUUCAUCAGCAGAUGAUUGCAUACGGUGUGAGCACACCUCGAGCCCACUGGGUAAUGCUGCAGUUGUAGAGACAUCUGACAAGAAGAUAGUCGUGCUGCAAAGAAGCAAUAACGUUGGGGAAUUUCCUGGACACUUUGUUUUCCCUGGAGGCCAUCCAGAGCCCGAAGAAGUUGGAAUAGUGACCCAUUUGUAUGACAAAGAUUUGCAAAACUCUGAGCUUGUGAACAGAAAGGUUUCGCAAGAGAUGUUUCACAGCAUUGUUCGUGAAGUAGUUGAAGAAAUUGGAGUACCUGCAGUAUCGCUUUGCAAGCCAGUCUUUAUUGGUAUAUCGCGGAGGGUAUUGAAUGUUAGACCAGCUGUUUUUUUCUUCAUCAAGUGCAGUCUUCAGUCAAAGGAAAUUCAACAACUGUAUUCUAGUGCACAAGAUGGAUAUGAAUCAACACAGCUUUUUACUGUUUCAAUGAAUGAUUUGGAGAACAUGACAUCUAAAAUGCCUGGCUGCCACCAAGGAGGAUUUGCACUCUAUAAGCUAAUGGUAGAAGCUGUGAAGGAUAUUUAAUGGAAGUCCAGGACUGCUGCUUGUUCAAGAUUGGCUGCCAUUUGCAUUUAGGUGGUUUUGCAAGACAUUUUACGGCUUUGACUUUCUUCCGUGGGAACUUGUCUCCUUUCAGUUGGGAGAAAUAUAAUUACGGUGAAUUUCCAAAUAUAUAUAUAUAUAUAUAUAUAUAUAUAUAUUUACAGUGGCAUUUUGGUUAUACAUACAUGGUUAUGCAGAAGUAUAAUUUUCUUUGUACUACCUAAUUCAAAAAUCAAGCCUUCAGUGCAUUCCUGUGUUAUACUUGUGUAAUCCACAUUUACAAUGUUCAGUGGCAAUUAUUGUAUAAAACAUUUCAAAACUUGAUUCUUGAACUCUGUUAAUGUAUGUACACGUCUUUGUUA